UAAUGAGUCGCCGACAGUAGCCUAAAAUUGGGUUGGUUUCUCCUACACUUCCAUGUUCGACACGAGCGGCGAGCCAACUUCCCUCUCAUUCGUCUUCCACAAACCCUAUAACCCUAGCACCGCCGCCACCAUGUCCUCGUCUCCAUCUUCAGUGAACCGCCGUCCCCCGGGCCCGCUAGCGUUGGGGCUGGAGUCCUUGGCGAAGAAGAAUACACAUAGGAAGAAGCUCACCGUCAAACCUCAUCCAGAUCCAGUCGUUGCCCUCCAAUGGUCGGAUAUGGAACGUCUCGUCUCUUCCUUUGGAUUCAGCAGCCGGUGCUCCUCCUCUGGAUCUGGUGGUCAACUCCAUCACCCGCAGCUUCUAUGGCACCUCCCCUAGUCCCCCUCCAUCGUCGCCUUCACCCACCGCUUCUAUAUCGCCACCUCUCUCAUUGUAGAAGAAGACACUGAGGAUCUGAUGUGCAUGCUUGUCCCUCUUGCACUGCUUGUCUGUUACCUGCAGCAAUCUUUGCCAAACGGACACAGGGAACCUAUGCCCCCACAGGAUUGCACAACACGUGGGAUAGGUAAUGCAGGUAUUGCCCCCGCUGGCUGUGGCUGGCCGGUGUGCAAUUCACUAGGCUGCCAAAUGAGCCCUAAAGGCCCCAGCAUGGGCGACCCUCUCCAGAGUGAUUCUUAUCAAUCUUGCAUUGGAAAAACACGGAGCCUAUUAUUAUCAGGGAAGCAUUUGAGCCAAAGUACUAUGUACAUCACCAUGCUUUUAUGUGACUAUAUAUAUAAAUAUAACAAAUAAAGUUUUAUUGGACCAGUUCUUUGACCAUGCCAUUGGUAUCAACGUUCCAAGGUCCCGCUUCCUACCAGUUAAGGCGACAUCAGAUUUGAAGCUAGUACAGUCUGAUCUAUAUACCUUGGUUGAUGGCUUCGUUACACGUAAUUCAGCCAGAACAAAUCCAUCAAAUCCCUCAAUUGAACUUGGUCCUGAGUUCAAGAAGGUUGGGAGCUUCCUUGGUCGCUUCAAGUCCAUACCUAGCAUUGUUGAGCUUGACAUCUUGAAGGUUUCCGGUGAUGUUUGGUUCGGUUCUGGAAUUGUACUGAAGGGGAAAGUGACCAUCACUGCAAAACCUGGCGUCAAGCUAGAAAUCCUAGACGGAGCAGUGAUUGGGAAUAAGGAUAAUUUUGGAAAAGGAAAGAGAAAACAAUACCAGAUGCCUUACAACCUGAAUUAGGGAUGAAACUGCUAAUUGCACAUGGAAGUCACCAAGAACUUGGUAAAGGUGAUUCAAUGACAAAUCUAAUGAUUAACAUGUGCGAUGUGGUUCACAUGUUAAUGCAUGCAACUGAAGUGCAUUACCAAUGUCCCAAGAGGGUAAGGGUACAGUCUGAUGUAUCUGAAAGGAUUGCUAAUGGAACUAGUGUUCAUGUAAAUACUCAUGUUCAAAAUUUGAAUCUGGAUAUUGAAGAGCAAUCACACAAACACUCGAUUUCACACAUCGAGGAGCCAAACACUAAUAAUUCAGAAGGAUCCCUGGCUGGUGCUGCUGUCUGGGAUGUAUUUCGCAGGCAGGAUCUUCCAAAGCUUAAUGAAUAUCUAGCUGUUCAUCGGGAAGAAUGUGCAGCUAGAUGUCAAGCAGUGUCUUCUGUUAAAUAUCCUAUUUAUGAUCAAACAGUGUACCUUAACGAUUAUCAUAAGAAGAUGUUGAAGGAUCAAUAUGAGGGACUGAAGACAAUCGAGCAGAUUACAAUGGACUCAGCUUCGGUCGAGACCAAUAUGUUCAAGCUCUGCAAGGUGAGGUUUGUUCAGUUUGGCCAAAAAGGCAUCCCCUACCUGAACACCUACGAUGGUCGCGCCAUCCGCUACCUCGACCCGCUCAUCAAGGCCAACGACACCAUCAAAAUCGAUCUGGAGACCAACAAGAUCAUGGACUUCAUCAAGUUUGACGUCGACAACAUGGUCAUGGUGACUGGCGGGAGGAACACCGAGCGUGUAGGAGUCAUCAAGAACAGGGAGAAGCACAAGGGCAGCUUUUGCUGCUUGGAGCUUUUUGCUAUGUCUAGUUUUCUCCUAUUUGUUGUACAGGAAAACUUAGAAUAGAAUUCAAAUUUGGUGGUCACAAAAGUGUGGAGACUUUAAUUCAUAUAUAAAGUUAGGCUUAACAUUAGUGCAAACAGUUGUAUUUUAGUUUAGAUUUAGAGUACACUUAUGUAUGCGUUGUUUGACAAUGCUUAUUUAUGAUAUAUUGAAUGGUACUUAUUUAUAUUAUAUUAAUUAUAAUGUUGUUCAAUAUA